AUGGAUUACUUACUUGGUAGGUCUCAUCAGGUUUGCCCGGGUAGGAAGCACUUCGCCGAUAGUCCGGAGGCCGAGGCGGAGCGGGCGCCCUACGCCACGGGGCGAAGGCCGAAGGCUGCGGCGGCUGUGGCGCGGGCCACCUAUAUUGCGGAGCCCUUCGGAAAGGAGCCCUGUACUGUCUUUCAUCAUCCGCGACGUUUGGUGCCCCGGGGUAUUGCAACUCACCCAUUUAUAACAUAG